ACCGGAAAGCGUCAUAACGGUCCACCUGAAAGAAAGAAAAGAGUUUGGUGUAGCAGCAAGUGGCGCUGAAGACAGAGCUAGAAGAUAACACCUGUUUUGGGGUUUUUUUUGUGAAUAAUUUUAAAAUAGAUAACAUCAGUUUAGUGAAUUGGGAUUUUACUUUGUGUCUUAAAAGUAGACGGACGUCCCGAAGUCGCACAGGAAUGUUGGCUGUCCCGCGGCCGGCCCGUGUUAGCAUAGCGCGUAACGUUAUUGUCAUGAGCUCAGUUUAAAUAAAUUCGCGUUGAUGUUGUUUUUCGAAAAGUUCUGGCUAAACCUCCGCUUUUAAAUGGACGAGCACAAGGAGAAUAUCCAUGCCAAGGACGUGAAUGUGAAGAUGUCUGCCGCGAGAGAAGAUGAACAGGCAAAGUCUGGCAGCAGGAUAUGCCCUGCAGCAGAGUCUGCUCCUCAGGUGUCCCCGUCUCAGUCGAACGGUGACUUCAGUCAUCCGGUUUACAAAGAGAUCGCUUUGGCCAAUGGACACAUCAACCGCAUGUCCAAGGAGGAGCUCCGAAUCAAGUUAGCAGAGCUGAAGCUUGACACAAGAGGAGUGAAGGACGUGAUGAAGAAGAGGUUGAAGAGCCACUAUAAGAAGCAGAAGCUGAUGCAGUCUGCAGCUGAGGGAGGACCCACUGACACCUACUAUGACUACAUCUGUGUGGUGGACUUUGAAGCGACAUGUGAAGAGGAUAAUCCAUCAGACUUCCUUCAUGAAAUCAUAGAGUUCCCUAUGGUUCUCAUCAAUACGCACACUUUAGAAAUUGUGGACACCUUUCAGGAAUAUGUAAAACCAGAGUUGAACCCGCAACUCUCAGACUUUUGUGUGAAGUUAACAGGAAUAACACAGAAAAUGGUUGAAGAAGCAGACCUGUUCCCAGCAGUCCUUCAGCGAGUUGUAGCUUGGCUUCAGGAGAGAGAGCUCGGAACAAAAUACAAAUAUGCCAUCCUGACUGAUGGGGCCUGGGACAUGAGCAAGUUCCUCAACAUCCAGUGCCGCGUAAGCCACAUCAGAUAUCCUCCGUUUGCAAAGAAGUGGAUAAACAUAAGGAAAUCAUACGGGAACUUCUACAAGGUCCCCCGGACACAGACGAAGCUGAGCACCAUGCUGGAGAAGCUGGGUCUGAAGUACGAAGGUCGCCCCCACUCUGGGCUGGACGACUCGCGCAACAUUGCCAGGAUAGCUCUUCGCAUGCUGAAGGACGGGUGCCAGCUGCGCGUCAAUGAACGCAUGCACGCCGGCCAGCUGCUCUCGGUUCCCAGCUCGGCUCCUAUGGAAGGUGCUCCAGCACCACGUAACCCGCGCAGCAGAGACUAGAGCCAGAAGCUGCGGUUUGCCUUAACUCUUUACCCACAUGAGUCACAGAAAAAAAAAAUCCAAAGCACUUUACAGUCCUCAUGUAAAGUUGUACAUUUUUAUUUUGGAGCUUGGCAAAGGGUAUUUGAGUUUUGAACAAUUAAAGGAGAUACUAUUUUGAUUUAAGAUCGUGCAGGUCUUUGGCUUCAUAUGUGACGGUUUCUCUCCAUAUGUGUUUACAUCAGAUGUCUGAAAGCAAAGGUCAUUCCAGUGUGUUGUGGGAGGAUUUUCCUCUGCAUCUUCAGUCUUGUCAGUCUGUCAAACCUGCCUCACCAUGCCUUAUCAGGCUGCUAAAAAUCAUCCAAAAAGCUGAUUAAAAUGUCUUUCAUUUGCCCCA